GAGAUCCCUGUCUGUUCUUUUUUUUUUGCUUCCAUGGAUUAAACGGAAUCUUGGGUGAGGAUGAAGGAAGCAUCUACAGAAGUCAGGAAAAUCCAAGCUCUCUGUCUCUAGAAAGCCAAGAGACUCCCCCACCUCCUGUUUGCAUUGGAUUCUAAGGCUGUGUGAGAUAAUCAGAAGAGGCGAAGAGCACCAUGCAGUUUAUUUGGGGAAGGACCUAACACUGUUUAAUGUCUGCAAUCAAAAGAGGACUGCAGGAGCCAGCACUGUUGCUCUGGAUUUGGUGCAGGAAAUAAGCUGUUGCAGCAAUAGGAUCUUUUGGUACGGACCCAGCUGCAUAUGCUCUGGCAGACCAUCAGUACAUCUUGCCUUUCUGACACGAUCAACUAUACCUUGAACACUUCAUGGACUGACACAGUAAGAUCACUGAAGAAUUUUUAUUUAUUUUUUUCCCCCGCAUCCAAAAGCUCUGGGUUUUUUUUGUUUUUAACAGUGGAUUGUAGCAGCUAAGACAGCGAAAAUGACCUCACCAGCAAAAUUUAAAAAAGAUAAAGAGAUCAUCGCUGAAUAUGAGACCCAAGUCAAAGAGAUCCGAGCCCAGCUGAUGGAGCAGCUGAAAUGUCUGGAUCAGCAAUGUGAUCUGCGCACCCAACUACUUCAGGACCUACAAGAUUUCUUCCGUAAGAAAGCAGAAAUUGAGAUGGAUUAUUCCCGAAAUCUGGAGAAACUCACUGAACGGUUCUUGUCAAAGACACGUGGAGCCAAAGACCAACAAUUCAAGAAAGAACAGAAUGUGCUAUCUCCUGUGAAUUGUUGGAACCUGCUGCUCACCCAGGUGAAACGUGAGAGCCGUAACCAUGCAACCUUGAGCGACAUCUACCUGAACAACAUCAUCCCGCGGUUUGGUCAGAUUGGAGAGGACUCUGGGCGACUUUUCAAAAAGAGUAAAGAGAUUGGUCUCCAGCUUCAAGAGGAUCUUAUGAAAGUGUUAAAUGAACUCUACACUGUGAUGAAGACUUAUCACAUGUAUAACGCAGACAGCAUCAGUGCGCAGAGCAAGUUAAAGGAGGCCGAAAAGCAGGAAGAAAAACAAAUGAGUCGCUCUGUGAGACAGGAGGAUCGUCAAACACCCCGCUCCCCUGAUACUGCAGCGAGUGUACGGCUGGAGGAAAAACAUAUAAGGCGCAGCUCUGUUAGAAAAAUUGAGAAGAUGAAAGAAAAGCGCCAGGCAAAAUACACAGAGAACAAAGUGAAGGCAAUCAAGGCUCGGAAUGAGUAUGUGCUGGCACUGGAAGCCACCAAUGCUUCUGUCUUCAAAUACUACAUCCACGACUUAUCUGACCUCAUUGAUUGCUGUGAUCUGGGAUAUCACUCUAGUCUUCAUCGUGCGUUGCGCACCUUCCUCUCUGCUGAGUUUAAUCUGCAGCACUCCAAGCAGGAGGGGCUAGAGACCUUGGAGAAUGCUACAGAAAAUCUAGAUGCUUCCACGGACAAACAUCGCUUGAUGGAGAGCUCCAAUAGUGUCUUCUGUCCUCCUGUGAGGUUCGAGUACCAACCGCACAUGGGUGACAUGGUCUCUCAGCUCUGCGCCCAGCAGCCUCUGCAGGGAGAGUUGGCUCAGAGAUGUCAGCAGCUGCAGUGCCGAUUGUCCACAUUGCAGAUCGAGAAUGAAGAGGUUAAAAAGACAAUGGAAGCCACUCUGCAGACCAUACAGGACAUGGUCACAGUAGAGGACUUUGAUGUCUCAGAUUGUUUUCAGUACAGCAACUCUAUGGAAUCCGUUAAGUCCACAGUGUCGGAGACGUAUAUGAGCAAACCAAGCAUCGCAAAGCGCCGCGCUAAUCAACAAGAGACAGAGCAAUUCUACUUCACGAAGAUGAAAGAAUUCCUGGAGGGGCGAAAUCUGAUUACAAAACUGAAAGCCAAGCAUGACAUGCUGCAGAAGAGCCUUGGAGAAUGUCAGAGGACAGAUUGCUCUCUUGCCAGCGGUCGAAGAAUGUCAACCCUAAGGAAGCAGGAUUCCAAGCAGCCCAUUCCACUAGUGGUAGAAAGCUGCAUCCGGUUCCUCAGCCGCCAUGGUCUUCAGCAUGAGGGAAUAUUUCGAGUGUCUGGUUCCCAGGUGGAAGUAAAUGAUAUAAAGAAUGCUUUUGAAAGGGGGGAAGACCCACUAGAAGAGGAUCAGAAUGAUCAUGAUUUGGACUCUGUUGCUGGAGUCCUUAAACUGUACUUCCGGGGGCUCAGUACUCCUCUCUUCCCAAAAGAAAUCUUCCAUGACCUCCUAGCCUGUGUUUCAAUGGACAACAUACAAGAACGAGCUUCCCAUAUCCGCAUGGUCCUGCUCAGUCUCCCUGCUCCUACAGUUGUCCUCAUGAGAUACCUCUUUGCUUUCCUCAAUCACCUCUCUCAGUUCAGCGAGGAUAACAUGAUGGACCCCUACAAUCUAGCUAUUUGUUUUGGUCCCACCCUGAUGAGCGUGCCUGACAAUCAAGACCAGGUGUCCUGCCAGUCACAUGUCAAUGAGCUAAUUAAAACGAUUAUCAUGCAGCAUGAAAGUAUCUUCCCUGGGCCCCGAGAACUGGAAGGGCCUCUCUAUGUCCCAGGAAUCUUGAGUGAAGACUGUGAGAGUUCCCAUAGUGAACCUAUUUCAGUGGAAGAUUCUGUGCUAGAUAUUGCAGCAGAGCUGCACAGCUCAGAGGACGGAUCCCACUCCAACAAUACUGGAUACAACAGACGGAUAACUAGUGCUGGGAGCGAGGACCCUCCCAGCGAGAGAUCAAGUCCUAGAUCAGAGCCUGAGCAGAGUGCGGAAUCACUCCACGAGGAGAAGAUCAUGGCCAGAGCCACCCUCAGUUGUCCAACUGGUAGCCAUGUGGCUGAUAUUUACCUUGCUAAUAUUAACAAGCAGAGGAAGCGCCCAGAAUCUGGCAGCAUUCGAAGAACUUUCCGUCAGAGUGAUAGUCUCUCCAGCUCUGACACUUCUGAGCCCGCUUCUCCUGGGGGAGCUGUACGGCCAACAUCUCAGCCAGUAAUGAGCCAGAGUUUCUCCAGGGAGGCUCCAGACCGUUGCUCUAUUAGUGGACAUGGCACCGUCAGCAGCAUAAGCAGACACUCCUCUCUCAAGAACAGGGUGGACAGUCCCCAGAUACGCAAAGCAAUGGCUGCCGGAAGAUCAAAGAGCUUCAAUAACCAUCGCCCGCUGGACCCAGAGGUCAUUGCUCAGGAUAUUGAAGCCACCAUGAACUCUGCACUUAAUGAGUUACGGGAGCUAGAGCGCCAGAGCACUGCAAAACAUGCUCCAGAUGUAGUCCUGGACACCCUGGAGCCACUGAAGACCUCUCCUGUGGCUGCACCUAAUUCUGAGCCUUCCAGCCCUCUUCAUGCCCAAUCCCUGCGUGAUAUUGAACCUGGCUUCCAACGUAGCUCCAGCUCGGCUAGUGACAUCCCAUGCUCAUUCCGUACUGCCAAAUCUGUGCGUCUACCACCAUCCAGACCCCCGGCCACUCGCCCUAAGCCUACUUUGUUCCCCAAAUCUGGACCCCAAACUCCUGGUACAACCGGGUCUACAUCUGGUCAGCAGCCACCUGACAAGUCCUGUCCUGUGUGAUUCAGGCUCGGGGUUGAUCACUGUGAAUUCAAUGUUACAGUCUUCAGUGUGUACGUAAAGACUGAAAAUGUGGGAGGGGAGGGGGGGACCAAUGGAUAUUAAAGCCUUACUGUAAAGGCAGAAUCUAGGAACAGACUGAAGAGGUCCAUCCCAUGUAGGACCAAACAAAACUGAUAAUCAGUCAGUUUUGGGGAUAUUUCCCAUGUAGGAUCAAAGUGAGCCAGCAAUAGUAAUGUGCAGCCUCUGUAGUGCUAAAGUGAUCUAAUGUCGGUGACAUGGUUAAAGGGUCAGUCCUCCGACUUCUAGACGCAUUAAAAUAAAUUAUUGCUAAAGGAUUGAAAAUCUUCCUGUGUCUGCAAUUAGUAGUACAAUUUGUUGUCUUUGUUCUAGCUUAGUUUUAUUUCAUGCAUCCUUUCUGAGAACUAAUUGAACUGUUUCCUGGUGAUUAUUGAUCAUAUCCAGAGUGAAAAAUAUUACUGUAUUUAUAAAGGUAUCCCGUUGUCCAUCUUUUUACCUAUUAAGCAUGUCACUGUUAUUAGUCCUUUCUCUGCGAGAGGAAAAUUCAACAUAUUGAUGCUGUACUUUCUGACAGUGUUUCCAAUUUAAUAUUGAUCCUAUCAUCUGGCAUUGUAUUGACUCUGUGAUUCCCUUUGCACUUGGCAAGUUGGGUGCGGUGGUGCGUGUCCUUUUUGCAAAUGAGGAAGUAGAAUGUCAUUCAUGCCCAGUCUGCCUUUUUAGUUGGGAGGGGGGAACAAAAUAGGUGUUCAGGGUGCUUUUUUAUUUUAUUUUUUUGUUUUACAUUCCACUUUCAUCCUACACCUCACAGAAAACAGAAACUGUUGCCCAUAGUUUAAAAAAAAAAUCCAACGCACAAGAAAAUGUUAGCGGCACGGAUUGUGAUUUGUUCCCUCCCUCUUUGGUACUUUGGGGUUAACAAUUUGUGAGAACCUCCACUAUUGGAAAGACUUCUUGAGGGGAGUGGUGUCUGGAUAUGUCUGAUUCAUAUCCAGUUUGACUUUGGCAGGCACCAAAGAUAGAAUUUGGGCAAAACAGAUCUCACCAUUCAUUGUGGAUAACAUACUACAAUUUACAAUAUGUAAUUUACAUAAUACACAGGAAAUGUAAAGAGAAAUGUUAAAAUGCUUAUCAACACUAUAGGUGGAAGUCACACCAUAAAUAUUAUGAGAUUCGUUUUAAUAUUCUAAGCCUCCUCCAAGGUUAAAUCAUAAGUUGCUGUUUUGAAUGCCUUUAUAGGCACGCAGAGCAGCUAAGAAAGCUGCUUUUAUUGUCUGUAGCAUCCUGCCCCUAGUUGAACUACUGUGUUUCAAUUAGGGAAUAUCCCCUUUCCUGUGUUGGUGCCUGAGAUCCAAGAUUGUAGGUUAUUUGG